UACGAUAACAAGACUGCAGGAAAGAGUGUCUUAUUUCGCGGAAACAUCGUUCCACGAACGGAAGUGAGACACUCAGUGAACCGUGAAGGAUUACAGCAUCAGGAGAAAAUUAAGUAUACAGUCAUGCCGAUGUCGUGUUCAGAUCCUUACUAUACUGAAUACACAUGUAAAGAUGGUUGUGUGCGUAGUUGUCCUGUUUCGUGCUAUAAUUGCUGCCAGAGGUAUUACUCGCAUAUUGUGAUGGCUUUUGCUGUCGCCAUGUCCAUUUUCGGCUUCGUUGACCUUAUUGUUGGAGGAAACCUAGCUUCUCGCUGCCCUGACGAUGGCGCACUAUAUGCUGCCUUCAUGUUAGCUCAAGGUGUCAUUUCCAUGAUCGAAGGAGUCAUGAUAUUCUACGUUAUUGCGCGUGCGCACGAAUACUCCCUCUUCCGAUCAGGACUUCCCACCUUCCAGUAUGCCUUUGUGAUGUAUGCCCUCACAGCUGUUAUAUACAUAAUUUCUCUGACUCUCAGUGGUCUUCAGCUGCAAGCAACGGAGGGUACAGUGGGGAACAGUUGCAAGGAUUAUCAUGGCUACAUAAUCUGGAGAUUCGUCUUCAACAUUCUUGUUCCGGUGUCGCCGAUCGCCCUGGUGAUAACCAUCUCAGCUAUAGUAUGCGCAUGCUCAGUCCUGGCUUGUCUUGGCGACUCCAGAGACGACAACCAAUGAUAUAGGGCGCUGGGUUAAAGACAAAUAGCAGACGUUUAAUGGAAGUGAGAUUGGAAGACCACCUGGAAAAUAAGAGAUUUAAAUUAUGUGAUGUUUUUCUAACUGAAUCAGAAAUAUAAUUUCGUUAUCUG